CUUUCGUCCGAAAGCCGCUUUACAGAUGAUGGCCGACGUCCAUCGAGCUCGCCUGGGCGCCGGUCACCCCCCUUUCACUUACACGUCGGUGGACUAUUUUGGGCCCAUAGAUGUCACACAUGGACGCGGAACCGCAAAGCGAUGGGGAGCCCUCUUCACGUGCAGGGUGACCAGGGCGGUUUAUGUCGACGUUUCAAUUUCCCUCUCCGCCAGUGAUUUUUUAAUGGUGCUGAGACGUUUUAUAGCAGUGUAUAGGAAACCAGCGCAUAUGUUCUCGGACAACGGGACGAACUUGACUGGUGCCGAGCGUCAAUUACGUGUGGAAUUAGACCGGCUGAAAGGCGACAGUGUGCUAGUGACGGAGUUGAGGGCGCUCCGGAUCGAAUGGUUCUUCCAACCAGCACAAACACCACAUUUUGGAGGCUCCCACGAGUCAUUGGUACGAUCGGUAAAAAAUUCUUUAUAUGCCGCGUUGGAUCAAGAGAAGAGUGUAUUGCGUACACCAAGUGAGGAGGUUUUGCGCACGCUACUGUUCGAAGUGGCCGGAUUGUUAAAUUCUCGGCCUUUGACUUAUACAAGCUCCGACCCGGACGACUUCCGUGCAUUAACCCCAAACGAUUUUCUUAACCGAGCCCCUGUGGCUGAUUUGCCGGCUGGAGACUUUGACCAGGCCCUUCCACGCGAUCGUUAUGGUUACGUCCAGAGGAUAACUAACUUCUUCUGGGACGUGUGGCGAGGAUCAUUCCUGCAGUCGAUGACCAGCCGGAAGAAAUGGAGAACACCCGCGCGGAACUUCGUUGUCGGCGAUUUUAUUUUAGAUGAUUGGAAGAAUGCUCCGCGCGGGCGUUGGAGGACCGGCAAAAUCAUCAAGGUCUACCCCGGCACAGACGGAUUAGUUCGAGCAGUAGAUGUGGAGUUCUCCACCGGAAUAUUGCGUCGUGGGAUUCACCAGCUGGCUCUAUUGGAAGCGUGCUCGUCGGAUCCAGCGGAUGAACCAGCAGAAUCCGGCUCGGGGGAGAAUGGAGCCGCGAUUUAGACGUUAUGCUUUAUCUAAUCAAACGAGACGUACGACAUGUAUGGCCAUCUAUAAAAGACGCUUGUUGCUCGAUACUUUCUGUGGCGCCACUUGUUUUCGGAAACUGUUUAACCCUCAUUCCCCCCCUUUGAUUAAGUGACGUCUGUGAGCCUUAAUGGCGGUUCAGUCAGUUUAGAUUUUGGCUCACCCUUUGUGACUUUGAUUUUGACCGACUUCUCCUCCACGAUUCGCUUGAAUACCUACAGUAUCCUACCCACUUGACUGAUUUGAGUGUAUGACGUAAGCGGGCACAUGCCCGACUUGACCUGGAUUUGUUUCCCUUUGUGGGAUUUCUGUUAGUAAGUGAUUGGCCCAGUGUGUCUCAUAGUUGGGACUCACUAUUAGUCGACCUGACAGCUUCACCCCAAUCACUUAGUAGCUCGUAUGACUUGACAGGGUUGAGAUCCCUGAUUUCUUGGAUGUGAAUUGACUCCUGCCUGUGGCAGAAUUUGACUUGAUCGGUCACCCUGAGUGACCCCUGUGCAUGAUAUCUCACCCAA